GACAUGCUCGUUCGUCAUUGAUAGACGAGGUUCGAUGCUACCGGGAGAGACUCCGCUCAGUGUGAUAAUGGAUUACAUGGGCGUUGUACUCGGGUUUUUUGAAAUGGUGCUUGGACUGCUGCUCUUCCUCGUCUCCCAAAAUCGUAUAAAAUCCUUCCUGAAGAGCCUUCGAAAAAUCGAUCGAGUUGAAACGGAGCUAAUGAUGGAGGACGACGACUAUGAAAAGCAUUUCCAUCGACUAGCAAUCAGUCUGAUGAUGUUUGAUUGCUUCUGCCUCGUUCGAAAUAACAGCAAUCCCAUUGCCUUAAAAUCCAAUGACAUUCAUGUGAUUCUCUGGAUGUGGUACGGCCUCUUGGGACUUACACCCUCGAAUACGGUCAUUUUAUUCGUUUGGGUCGUCGCUAUUGUGCAAGGAAAAUUUUGUCGUCUCAACGGAAGAAUCAAAUCGUUUAUUGACAACGAUCUCAUUGCUCGUUCUCAUGGAACCGGUGGAGCGUCGUCCGGAAUUGUAGAAAAUCCAAGUUAUCUCUUUUGCCAAAAAAUCAACAUGGUUUCUCUACUACAUCGAGAACUGAGACACGCGAUUCACCUCAUCGAACAACACUUCGCUAUACUCGUAUUACUAAAUUCUGUCAAACUUUUAUUAAGCUUUACUAGCUCUGCUCACAUUACGUAUCGGUAUUUGAAGAAUCGUGAGUACUACACCUGGGACGAUUUGAUUUACACGUUACAUACUUCUGGCUGGGUGGCUACUCCGGUUGUAGUGAUGUGUGCAAUAUCCAAUGUCUGCGGAUCCACGAGAGAUGAGGCUAACGAUACUGGGAACUUGCUUCAUGCACUUUUGAAUGACUGCCAGAUGUGUGAUAACCUUAGGAAACUCCCGAAACUUGAUAUCGCUCUCCUCGAUCUCAUGCAAAAUAAGACUAAAAUGUGUCUCUUGGGAUUCGUUGAUUUAAAUUAUUUUUUAGUUUACAGUAUGACCGCAACCGCAGCUGGUUACCUUACAAUAAUGUUGCAAUUUUAUGAUUGAUAAGGAGCGAAUGAUUGUUAAGUCACGAACCCUCGUGGC